UAAUAUAAUAAUAUUAAAAUAUUUAUUCAAAGAGCUAAACAAAUAAAGCUUUGUAUAUUAAAGCUAACCUUUUUAAAUAUACUUUAACACUAAUAAGUAAAGGAAAGUAAACAGUUUUCAGUAAUUUAGUCUACUGAAUAUCAUAGUUGUAUCUUAGAGUAAAGAAAGUAUACUUUUUAGCAUUUAGAGGCUAUGGGUUAGGUAACAAGUUCGAGUGAUUUAUAAAUAAAGAAAGAGUAGCUAAAUAAAAAAUUCUAAAUUUUAGAAGAACAAUAACAGCAAUAUUUAAAAAAUAUUUAUGAGGAGCAGAGAAUAUCUUCCUAAAAUCAAAUGAGAUAAAACUGUUCAUAAGAAUACGAAAGAGAAGGUUUUCUUUGCUUUCCUCGCAAGAAGAAAAGUUAGCAAUAAAAUGAUCUCUAAAGAUAAGUAGCAUGGAUUGACUAGCUUAUCAUAGAUCUAAAUUAGGCAUCUUAAUUAUUUUAAGAUAGGGAGUUGCAAUGGGCUAAAGUAAUGGAAAACUCUUUAAAGUAAGUUAUAGCAUCAGAGUCGUCAGUUGUUGAAUUGAAAUUUCAGUAAAGAUGCGAUUAAGAUCACUUAUUUGUCAAAUUAAAAAAUAUUGAGUAGGAGAUUAAGAUGGAUUGGCUUAUUAACUAUAGAAAACCAAGGAAUAUAGCUAGAGAAUAAAUCCAGAAUUAAGAAUCUAUGUUAGUACCAGAAGAAAGAAAGCAAGUUAAGCAAGAGCUUUAAAAAUAAUCUUAAACAGUUAUGAAAACGGAAAAUGUAGAUGCUGUAAAAAGUAGAGACAAGUGGGAUUUAUUCGAAAAAUAAAAGCUCUCAUAAUCUGAGAGCUAAUAUAAUAUUUCAGAAUAGUAAAUGUCUGUUGAGGAUGUUGCUAAAAUUAGAGAUAUAAACUAAAAAAUAAUUAACAAUUUUAUAAAAAAUAACAAUGAAAUAUUUGACGAAGAAAUGGAGCAAGUUUUUGGCAAAAUUGAAUUAAUAAUGUAAAGUUUUUCAGGCUCAAUAAGUAAUCAUCCUUCAACUUUAUUCCAUCAAAAAUCUAACUCAAUAAAAAAACAUUCGAAUGAAAGUGGUCAAUCUUCAUGCUCUAACAGGAAUUCCUUAAAUCAAGCUUAGAAUUAAUCAUAAAUACUCUUAUAAGGUUAAGUCAGCAGCUAAAAACAAUUUAAUAGCUAUUUGCAGCAGUUAAGCAAAGAAUAACAAAAAGAAAUAAUAUUUGGCCAAAUUGAUUUUCAAUAUAAGAUUAUGAAUUCAAUAGCCUUUUAUUAAAAAGUCACUAACUUUUUUACAACUUAGAUUUACUCAAAUAGAAAAAACUGGUUAAAUAAAAUUAUACGGUGCUUUGUUUAGAUUUUUACAGAAUGCUGGUUUAAUCGAAGUAUAUUAUUAGAAAAUAAUAUUGAUGGCUUAUUUACAACUCAUUUAUCAAAAUUAAGUAGUUCUCAUAAAUCCAAUAAAAAUAAAUAGAAAAAGAAGAGUAACUUAGAAAAUUACUAAAAUGGGUUUAUUAUUAAAGAUCCCAAAUCCCAUAGGAAUUAGCUAAAAGGUGAUUAAGUUUCACUACUUCAACAGUUUUACGAAUAAAAAGAAUCACCGAGAGGUGUUUAAAUUGUAAGAAACUCGGAUGACAGUGAAUACUCAGAAGAAGAUAUUGAUAGAUUGUAUUAAGAAUUAAAAAUUUUUAUAACAAUUUUUCGCAAUCUUUUAAAAAACUAUUACAGUAUACCAUUUAUUAUAGAGAAGUUUGAAAAUUCAAAGCUCUUGAUUGAUGAUGUUCUGUGGAAUUAUGUAGUAAACAUAAUAUUUGAUUUUGAGGUAAAUAAAUCUCUUAGCGUAUAUAUAUGCUAGUAUGAAAUAUCAGUUAAAACAUUAACUCAUUAGUUUUAAAGAUAUAAAUAAAAAUUUGAACCACUAAAAAUGAAGGAACCUUAAUUCUAUAAAGUAAAAGACCAAUUUUGUCUUAAUAACUUAACUAUCGCUUACAUAUUCAAACAGUAUCAUAAGAAAUUGAAACUCUAAAAAUAACAAAUUUAGCUGGCAUAAGGAUAAGCAGGUUCAUUAGCUCAAGAAAAUAGUGUUAAAAAAAUAAAUGAUAAAAUAGAAGAGAUUUAAGAAAAAUAAGAAGAGAAUUAACAAAAUGAGCAAGAUCAGAAUUGCCAAGAAGAAAAUUUAAGAUCAUCAAUUAAUUCCUAAACCUCUAAAAAUUAAGAUUUAAAUUCUUAAUCAACUCUAUCUAAUUUAGAUUAUUCAUUAAUGAAAUUAAAAGAAAUUUAAGAGAGAAAAUAAGAAAGAGAAAGGUGUCAAUAAUUUAAAAUUUAACAAGGCCAUGUUCUGCCAAUAUUAUUAGAAGAAUAAGAAAGUAAAUAUUUCUCCUAAGAGUUUGUUUUGUCACACGAAACAGUUUAAGAAGAAGAGUUUUCUGAAGAAACAAAUCCAGAUAACUUGAAAUAGGAAGGAGAAGAGGAAACAAAAUAAAAUUAAGAUUAAAAUUUAUAAUAUUGUUAGAUCAACUAUGAAAGAUCCAUAAGUGCAUCUGAUCAAACUGACUUAAGAGGCGCAAAUAGUAAAAAAAGGCAUCUUUAAUAAGAUGAGAUAGCUGAUUUAAAUACCUUAAAAGUAAAAUAAUUAGAAAAAGAAAUAAUUUUAGAUGAGAUAAAAGAAGAGGUUGAAUAAGAUAUUUAAAAAUAAUAUAUCCCUUUUGAUUUAUGCAUAAACGCUCUUAAAUAGGUUUUGGUUGAAAAGAAGCCUAUUGGCAAAUUGAGAUUAAUAUUGAAGGUAUUUGAUAAUAUAUAGAGAUGCAUUCAUAAAUUUUAUCAUAAAAAUAACUCCAAUGAAAAAGUUUAGAUUGGACCAGAAGAUUUAAUGGAUAUAACAGUUUAUAUUUUAGCUAAAUCCCAAUAGUACUAAAUAAUUCAUGAUAUCAACAUUGUUAGGUCCUUCAUAACUAAAAAUACAGAAUAUAGUGAUAAAGCUGGCUACUACCUUUAAACUUUAGAAGCAGCCUUCUAGUAUAUUAUAGAGACAGAAUUUAAUCGCCUUGAUGAAAAUGGAUAUUCGAGACAAUCUUUUAGCAACUCCUAUAAGUCAUUUUGUGGUCAAGAGUAAAAAUGA